AUGAAGAAAUCCAGACGAUCAAAUGCUCCCCGCGAAGAAGACGUUUGUCGGAUCAGCAACUUGCCAGACCCUAUUCUUCAUUUAAUUCUUUCGGGUCUUGAAUCUACCGAAGAAGCAAUUAGAACUAGUAUUUUGUCGAAACGAUGGAGGGAUUUGUGGACUUCAGCUCCGUCUCUAGACAUGGAUUGUUCUAAACCACUUAAAAACCCAAAUGAAUUCAAAAACAUUGUGGAUCAGGUGCUGAAACUAAGAAUCGAUAAUUGGAUCAUUGGGCGUGUAGAAGGUUUAUGUGGUGCCCUGAAGGUUGUAUGUCCAAAGCUCGUGUAUUUUGAGUAUCAUGGUCAUAUUUCUAAAAGAUUUUCCUUUGACGUGCAAUCCUUAAAGAAAGCUGUCAUUCAUCCAAGAAAUAUGCUCAAGAAAGACGGAGUUGAAUAUUUGGGUAUCACCAUAUGUGACUUGUUUGCUGGAGUUUCUCAUGUGGAAUCUUUGUCGGUGAACCACUAUUUCGUUGAGUGCAUGGACGCAAAGAAGGAUUAUUCUGCAUCUUUACCUAAUUUGAAGACAUUAGAGCUAACAAUUGAUGGGUUCACAGUUAACGUUGUCAUCCGGUUUCUCAAAUGGUCACCAAAUCUGGAGUCUCUCCAUUUGAUCUUUCUAGAGCGGUUUAAACCGCAUGAAUUCAAAACACUAGUUCAAGAGUUGGAUGAUGUUGAAACAAGGAGAAAAUUGACUCAUCAUCUAAAAACGGUCAAGUUUCUUGAAUUCUAUGGACAGAAGAAGAAAAUGGCGCUAGCUCGGCUUUUAUUAGAGCACGGAAAUGCAUUGGAGAAAAUGGUUUUCAGUUGGCGUAACAGUGUCAGGAACCAUAAGAGAACAAUGGAGAUCAUGAAUUAA